UUUUCAUGACAGCUAAAGGUGCUCCUGCAUCAAAAGCUAAUCUGGAAUCUGCCAGGAGAAGUAUCGAAUAUCAUAUUAAAGAGGAAGCGAAAAUCACAAGAACGUUGUUUAGUCUUCACAAUAACACAGUUGAUAUUGAAAAAAUAAUAACCGAACAGACAAUUAACAAAUUACCAUUCAACCAUGUAGAAAGCUUCCUUGAUUUUGAUAAUAAAUUGAAGACUGAUGAAGUAGUGAUGCAAAAACUGAAAUGCUUUAUAAUGUUAAAUGUCAAAAGUACAUUGAAACUUUCAGAAAAUUUUCUUUAAUAAUUCCUAAGAUUAUUUUACCAAAUAUUCAAGUGCUCUACAGUGCUUUUGGGCGAGAAUCAAACGGUGUAAAAAGAUUAAACUUCUCUGUCACAGAAACUUACAAAUAUUUGCUAGGUAUAUUGUCUUAUUUUUAACUUUAGCAAACACGAAUAAAAUAUU